AUGCUGGUGCUCGGCCAUUUUCAUUCGAUGCCUGAACGCGUACCUUGCAUCGUCCUGCAGGUUCAGCUUCCAGUGUUCCGUACAAGCUCAAAGACACUUAUCGUUACGGGGAAUGCGGUCUGUGGGAAUACCUACCUACUGCUGCGCUACUGGUAG